GAAAGCCUGUCUCCUUAAGACAUUCCUUAAAAUUCCAUAUGUGAAACAUUUUGCCCAUAUCAUUUUCUAGAACAUUGCAGCACCUAUCUCAUGGUGGAGUAUUAUCCUAAAAUGUACCUGGGAGCAUGCCUAUGGCUGGAGAAGUUAAAUUGUGACAUAAUUAAAAUGACUAUUUCUACUUCAGCCAGGUGAGGACCUAAUGCCAAAAGAUGAAAAUGGAAAAGUAAUAUUCGACACAGUGGAUCUCUGUGCCGCAUGGGAGGCCAUGGAGAAGUGUAAGGAGGCAGGAUUGGCCAAGUCCAUCGGGGUGUCCAACUUCAACCGCAGGCAGCUGGAGAUGAUCCUCAACAAGCCAGGGCUCAAGUACAAGCCCGUCUGCAACCAGGUGGAAUGUCAUCCCUAUCUCAACCAGAGCAAACUGCUGGAUUUCUGCAAGUCAAAAGACAUUGUUCUGGUUGCCUAUAGUGCUCUGGGAACCCAACGACUUGAACUAUGGAUGGACCUAAACUCCCCAGUUCUCUUGGAGGACCCAGUUCUUUGUGCCUUGGCAAAAAAGCACAAGCGAUCCCCAGCCCUGAUUGCCCUGCGCUACCAGCUGCAGCGUGGGGUGGUGGUCCUGGCCAAGAGCUACAAUGAGCAGCGGAUCAGAGAGAACGUGCAGGUUUUUGAAUUCCAGUUGACUUCAGAGGAUAUGAAAGUUCUAGAUGGCCUAAACAGAAAUUUUCGAUAUAUUGUCUUGGAUUUUUUUGCAGGCCACCCUGAUUAUCCAUUUUCAGAUGAAUAUUAACAUGGAAGGCAUUGCACCAUGUCUACAGAAGGCCCUGCCUGAGGAUGGUGAUGCAGAGGAUGUCUCUGUGCUGGUGACUAGAAACAUCACCUCUGGUUAAAUCCCUCCUGCUUGGCAACUAAACUUUAGUAGCCAGAUAUGUCCAUAGGCCAGAAAGCCAAGACAACCCAUUUGUAUCAUCUUAAAAUAAUGGAAUAUUUUUCCUUAAAGAUUCUUUUCCUAUUCCUUUCUCUGUUACUUGUGUGUUUCUUUUCCUUCUAGUUCAUUAGGGCCAAAAACUAUGAUUUGCCUGUAAGUUUGGGGCAGGGAGUGGAUGAUGAUAAUUAUUUAAAGACAUUUUUGAGGUGAGAGUGGGUAGAAUGUUCAGCCUCUAGAGGAGGAGCAAGUGACAGGUAUUCAUCAAUUAGUCUGUCUUCAGCUCUUUUAGAAAGAAGAAAGCACACAACAUAGAGCCUAAAAGGCGAGCCAUACUGACAGGAUGACCAACAAUCCAUGGCCUCCCUCUAGCAUCACAAGAAUUGGAGCUCCAGCAACCUGCAGAUGAAGCAUUCCUGUGGGGUUAGGUUAGGGAGGUGGAGGACACCGUCCAGGAGAAGUGAUUAGACGUCAGAUACGGGGAAGGCUAGGAGAAGGGAGUCUAGCACAUCUCUGCUUGGGAAAUACAGGCACAUGCUCUUUUGUCUAUUAUAUCUUGUGCAUAAAAGGAAACUUCCCACAUUAUUUUAAGGCUGAGAUCCAAGCCUUGACCUCUUAAGUGUGCCCAGUAUCAGCAGUGACCUUGCUGGGCUGUGGUGGAGGCAGGACAUCAAAGACAUCAUUGACUGGUCACAUUCUUCUGAUUAUCAGCUCCAUAUAGAGCAAAUACUAUGCGGUUCUAAAAAUAUACUAUUAAUUUGUUCUACUCAGUCUUUUGAAAUAUUUCAUACAUUUAAAAAGGCACACUUACUAAUAUAAAAUAUCCCAAAGCCAUAACAUGUCAUUGUCAAAUGAAUUUCAAAAUUGCAAAUAAUACAUCUAAUAAACUAUCAAAAAUUUCAAAACUC